GUUAAGUGAAUUCCACAAUAAAGUUGAAGUAAAAUUUUUCCUUAUAAUUUCGAUUAAGAUCAGACCAUAAAUUGUUGACUACUUUUUGCUACUGAAAAAAAAAUUCAUAACAAAAGAAGUAGAGUGUGAUGUUAAUUACUUAUUUACCUAAUAACUAUGAUGCUGGAAGAAGAAAAGUGUCGCCAUUUGGACUCAAUCCCUGAUGUAUUCUGCUCGUUUUGUAAUCUAAAUACACCUCAAACAUUGCUAAAUUCAUGCUUUGAAUACAUAAGUAAUAAUGUUGGGGUAAUAGCAGUGAAAAAUCCUUUUACUGGCAAAUUGGAACUGAGAAAAGGCAUUGCGUUACCUGUAGAAUUAUGUGAAAGACUACUCAGCUUGAGAUCAAGUAUUAAUUGUAGUGUGAAUUCAGAAUUUAUAAAUGUUUUUCGGGACAGAGUAUGUACUAGACUGAAAAGAGCAAAACUUAAAGGAGAAAAUUUGACUGAUGCAGAUCUUGAAGUUUUGCUUGCCCAUAGAUUAGUAGAAUUAGAUAUAACCAAUUGUCCAUAUAUAACAAGAAGAAGUAUUGAUUAUUUAUCAGAAUAUGGGUCAAGUCUUUUGUCCCUUUCCCUAGGAUCUAAUACUAAAUUGUUUCCAGAAAGACUAUUUGGGCCGAAGUCGAAAAUUGAAGAUGCAGGAUAUACCUCAUAUAUUUUUCAUACCCCAGCAUUACGAAGGUUGAUUUUCAGGAAUAUGAGAUACCUACAAGAAUACUUCUUUGUGUUACUGUUAGCCCCUAUGAAUAGCUUGACCCAUUUGGAUCUAUCUAGUUGCAGCAAUAUUGGCACCUUUGAAUACAGUAUACAUCUGACGAAUUUAACUUCCUUAGUAUUAUAUAAUAUUGAAAAUAUGGAAGAAAAGAUUACAGCAGUUUGUGCAUUGACCAAUCUUCGUCAUCUGGAUAUUUCCCAAUGUAAUGAAGAGCUUGGAAAGUAUUCAAGACCUAAUGAAAUCCUAGCAACAAUUGUAGAGUGCUUGCCUUUCCUCACUUCAUUGGAUAUUUCCGGGACCAAUCUUGCUGGCAGAGGAGUUGCCACAGUGAGAAUAGAGGGAGUUGCAACUUUUCCAUCUGAUAUCCCUGGGUUAGUUCACAGAGCAAAUAAUCCCUUUGAAUUUUUGGGACUAUAUGAGACAGGUCACGAUGCCUGCUUGAGACACGAUAUACCUGCCAAAUUGAUUGCUGGAAAUGCCAAUGAAGAACAAAUUCUGAUCUCUGCUUUAGCAUACUUGGAACGACCCGAAAUGCUACAGAAAGUUCUCAAUGAUCUUUUUCACCUUUUCCGAUAUGAAAGUUGCGAAUUCAUUGGUCAAGCUUUGAACAUAGUUCUUGAAGCUAUGAAUAGACAUGUCUCAGAAAGACAUAUUCAGAUUUCAGGAAGUGCAACAUUAUUCUACAUAGUGAAAAGUACCAUGGCAGAGGAAUUGUCAAAGACUGUUAGAGCAAAGAAGAGAAUAAUAACAACUUUAUUGAAUGGUAUGGCCGCCCACAUUAACGAUGAGACUAUGAUGAGAAAUGGCUGUCUCACACUUUGCCAGUUCAAAAUACCUAGUGAUGUACUGUUUGAAUAUGACAGGCUGGUCGAUAUUUUAUUACAUUUGGUGAAUGGAGUUCAGCAGGAAGGUUUUGUUCAAAGAAUAGGGAUAUAUUUACUCAAUUCCCUAGCUUGUCAAGUUGAUGGUAGACAAAAAAUGAAGCUUGGAGAAUUGGGAGUUAUUAGUAAAAUGAUUUCUCUGAUAUCUGACAGACUUGAGAGGGGCUUAUGUGAUGAUGUCCUGGAAGUAGCAUGGUCUACCAUGUGGAAUGUUACAGAUGAAACCCCUUGCAACUGUCAAAAAUUUCUCGAAAAGAAUGGUAUGGAAUACUUCCUGUUGUGCCUUCAAAAAUUCCCGCACAAAGGAGAACUGCUAAGAAACAUGAUGGGACUCCUGGGUAAUGUUGCCGAAGUACAAUCACUGAGACAUUAUCUUGUAACUCCUGAAUAUCUGUCAGUGUUUUCUAAUCUAUUAGAUUCCAGAAGUGAUGGAAUAGAGGUCAGCUACAAUGCAGCUGGCGUGAUCUCCCAUAUUGCUUCAGAUGGUCCUGAGGUUUGGACUGUUGCCCAGCCAUCUAGAAACAUAGUUCUCGCCAAAAUGGUUCUAGCUAUUGGUAGAUGGGAUAUUCAUUCUCCUAGGAACAUCAAUUACAGAUCAUUCGAACCGAUACUUUCUUUGGUCAGGACUUAUGAUACUCCGGAAUGUCAGAAUUGGGCGAUAUGGGCCCUGGCCAAUUUGACUCAAGUGUAUCCUGGCAAGUACUGUGAACUGUUGGAGAAAGAAGGAGGUUUGGAACUGCUGAGGGAAAUAAUUAAUCACCCCGCACCUCCCUUACCUGUCAAAGAACUUGCCGAAAUAGCCAUCAACAAUUGUCUGAAAUACAAGCAACUCAUGGUUAGAAUGGUGGAACGUCUUGAUGGUUACGAUAAAAUUAAGCAGGAAAUAUUUGUAAUUGAACAAGAAAUCUAUGAAAUAAAACAAAAACAAGUGGUACUUGCUAACAAACUUAAAAUUCUCCAAAGCAAGAGAGACGAUUUGCAGUCUCAAUAUGAUCAUGAAAGAAUUAAGAGUUGUCGAAAUUCAGAAGAUUGGAUAACCCAAGAAUUUCCAUGGUCGAAGGACAUAAAACAAAUCCUCAAAAAUACUUUCAAAUUUGAUAGUUUCCGAAGCAAACAACUGGCUGCUAUAAAUGCCACUUUAGAUAAAAAAGAUGUUUUGUUAUUAAUGCCCACUGGUGGAGGAAAAAGUUUAAUCUAUCAACUGCCAGCUGUAGUUGAUAAAGGCAUGACUUUAGUAAUUUCACCAUUGAUUUCUUUGAUUGAAGAUCAACUUAUAGCACUGAAGAGGUUUGGAAUUAAAUCUGAUACCAUUAACAGUUCUUCUUCCAAUGAACAUAAAAAAAAGAUACAUAAUUACAUGACAAAGAAAGAGCAUGGGUUGAAGCUUCUAUAUGUAACACCUGAAUGGUUGGAGAAGAGUAAAAAAUUCAUGAGUUUACUGAAAGCCAUGUUCCCAGAUGUACCUUUCAUUGGACUAACUGCAACUGCAACAAUGAAGAUUCUAAUCGAUGUUCAAAAAAUGUUAGAUAUGAAAGACUCGACUGUGAUAACUGCUCCUUUCAAUAGACCUAACUUGUAUUACAAAGUAAUUCAAAAACCAAGUGAUAAAAAUGAAUCUCUUAAUAUAUUAGAAAACUUAUUGAAAUCAAAUUAUAUAAAUCAGUCAGGUAUUAUUUACACAACAACAAUUAAAGAAACUGAAGAAAUUGCUAAAUACUUACGAAAUAAAGGCCUUCAAGUUAUGAAUUAUCAUGCACAACUUGAUCCAAAUCAAAAAAAGAAAAUUCAUGAAAGAUGGCUGGAAAAUAAAUACCAAGCAAUUGUUGCAACUAUAGCAUUUGGUAUGGGAAUUGACAAGCCUGAUGUUCGAUUUGUGAUUCAUUAUUCAAUGCCAAAAAGUAUGGAAGGUUUAUAUCAAGAAAGUGGAAGGGCAGGAAGAGAUGGAAAAAAAUCAGAUUGUUUAUUGAUGUUUGCUCUGAGCGAUUAUUUGAGAAUUUUAGGCAUGGCAUCAUCUAAAGUUGAAGAAACUAACGCCUUAACAAAAAACAAUUCUAGCGAAAUGUUUGAAUUAUGCAGAAAUUGUAAAAAGAUAUUAUUCCGUUAUCCUAUGAAAAAUAAAGUUGGAUUUUAUAGAAAGUCGUUUUUAUUUUAUUCCAGUUCCCCAGAUUUGGAUAGGGCAUACGUACCCAGUCAAAUAGAGAACAAAAAUUUACAUCUUGAAUAUUUCAAACCUUCUGCGAAAGGUCCUGAAAAAUUUAAUUUGAUACUACCACCCCCUAAUAUAACAGGCAAUUUGCAUUUAGGACAUGCCUUAACAGGGACCAUACAGGAUAUUUUAAUGAGAUGGAAACAAAUGCAAGGUUUUGAGACCUUAUGGAUACCUGGUUUAGAUCAUGCUGGAAUAGCAACUCAAGUAGUAGUUGAGAAGCAAUUAUGGAAAGAAGAAGGAAAAACAAGAUAUAUUAUUGGAAAAGAAAAGUUUUCUGAGAAAGUAUGGGAUUGGAAAGCAAAAAAAGAAAAUAUAAUUGUGAACCAGUUGAAACGUCUAGGUUUAUCAUUGAAUUGGGAUAAGCUAGUUUUUACCAUGGAUCCAAUUCAAGCCAAGGCUGUAUCUGAAGUUUUUGUGAAUCUCUUUGAAAAGAAUUUAAUAUAUCGUAAUGACUCAUUGGUGAAUUGGUCCUGCUUUCUGAGGUCUGCUAUAUCGGAUAUUGAAGUCGAUCAUAUUGAAAUAGAAGGGAGCACUUUCAUUAAUAUUCCUGGUUAUGAAAAGCCUAUGAAAUUUGGUAGAAUGAUAUAUUUUUCCUACAAAUUCUGUGAUUCAGAUGAGGAAAUAAUAGUGGCGACUACAAGACCAGAGACAAUAUUGGGCGAUGUUGCUAUAGCUGUACAUCCUACUGAUGACAGGUAUAGCAGAUUUAUUGGGAAAAAAGUUCACCACCCGUUUAGAAGAGACAAUAUCCCCAUAAUAGCAGAUGAAUCUGUAGACAAGGAAUUUGGAACAGGUGCUGUAAAAGUAACACCCGCUCAUGAUCGCGCAGAUUUUUCCGUGGCAAAACGUCACUCGUUACCAUUAUUACAAGUUUUUGAUGAAAAAGGUAAUGUAACCUCCAUAUCUGAAGAUUAUCAAGGUUUACCAAGAUUCGAGGUUAGAAACUCCAUAAUUGAUCAGUUGGAAUCCAUGAAGCUCUUGAGGGACAUAAAAGAACAUAAAAUGUCUGUUCCAAUUUGUAGUAGAUCCGGUGACGUCAUCGAGUUUCUUUUGAGGCCUCAAUGGUUUAUUAGGUGCGAAAAAAUGGCUCAAAAAGCACUGAUCGACGUGGAAGAAGGAAAUUUGGUCAUAGAACCUGAUCAAUUCAGGGAGAGAUGGUUCGAUUGGUUACAUAAUUCACGCGACUGGUGUAUAUCUAGACAAUUGUGGUGGGGACACAGGAUACCAGCCUAUAUAUGUCAUUCUGGCGAUAAAAAACAAUGGGUAGCUGCAUCAGACAAAGACUCAGCAUGCCGAAAAGCCUCUAAAAUUUUCGGGGUUCCCCAAGGGUCUAUUCUUGCGGAACAAGAUGAAGACGUCUUAGACACUUGGUUCUCUUCGGCAAUUUUACCAUUUUCUGUAUUUGGUUGGCCGAAUGUCGAAUCUGACUUCUCCAAACAUUAUCCGUUGAGUUUGAUGGAGACUGGCAACGAUAUAUUAUUCUUCUGGGUAGCCAGAAUGGUUAUGUUAGGAAGGGAGGUUACUGGACAAUUACCCUUCAAAAAGAUACUACUUCACGGUAUUAUCUGCGAUUCUCAAGGUAGGAAAAUGUCGAAAAGUCUUGGCAAUGUUAUAUCGCCAGAAGACGUUAUUGAAGGAAUCUCAUUGGAGGGCUUGAACCAUGCAGCAGAAUCCUCUGAAAAGGCAGGAACCCUGUCGAAAGUUGAAUUAGAAAAAACUAUCAAAGAGCAGAAAAAAAUGUUUCCAGAUGGUAUCCCAGAAUGUGGUGUUGAUGCCUUGAGAUUUACUCUAGUCUCCCACAACAUGAAAAGCCAUUUCAUUAAUUUCGACGUCCAAGAGUGUCACACCAACAAACUUUUCUGCAACAAAAUAUGGCAGGCUACCAAAUUCACCAAAAUGUGGGUGCAGCAAGUCUCAGAAUCUCAGGGUACUGAGCAUAUGAACGAAGGUUCAUUAAGUUCCAUGGACAGAUGGAUCUUAAGUCGGUAUUCCCACCUUAUCGCAACUUUGAAUGACGCUUUGGAAAAUCAUGAUUUUCACGUGGCUACCUUGGCGCUGAAGAAUUUCCUGUAUUAUGAAUUUUGUGAUCAUUAUUUGGAAUCCAUAAAGCGUAAUCUUCGUGAUACUAGCAGUACAGAAGCAGCUGGCCAUUGUUGGACAUUGAUACACGUCUUAGAGGGUGGCCUGAGAGCCCUUCAUCCCUUUAUGCCUCAUUUGACAGUACAUCUUCAUCAAAGUUUACCCCUUAUUACCGAAAAGAUUCUGAAUUACCCCCAGGAAGUGCACUGGAGAAAUAUUCCUCUGGAAGAGAUAGUCCAAGACGUGCUGGAGACUGUUAAGGGAAUCAGAAGACUCAGGAGAACGUUUAAUGUAACCAAAAAGCAUAAUUCAGAAGUCGAAAUAGUAACUUCGAAUUCAGAGUAUCCGAAUUUCAAACAAUUGAUAGAAGAUUUAUCCAAUUGCGGUCCUGUUUUCAUUGGAAAUCAGCAGUCUGAUCGUGAAAAAAAUGAAAAAAUUGUCAAAGAUGUGUUGAGUAACAAUGUCACGUUAUAUAUGAGUAUACCAGAAGAACUGAGAGAGAGUCUGCUGGUAUAUCAAACGAAAUUUCAGAAACAGAAACAAAAACUAGAAGCUGAACUACAAAAAAUGAAUGAUAUGAUUUCUAAUAGCAACUAUAGAAUCAAAGUACCUAUUGAGAGUCAGAGAUCACACGAAAAACGGGUAUGUCUAUCAUACUCAUUAUAACUCUUCUUCAAUUAGUCCUUAGCCUGGCGCACAGAACACGAAAAUAGAGUUGAAUCAGGAUCUAGGUAUUGAAGGUUAAGUAACGCUACACUUGUUGUUGUUUAAAAAAUGGAUAAAAAUGAGUUUAUUGUAUUGAUCAACCAUUCUUUUUUGAUGGGAAACCAUACUGAUGUGCAAGCAAAUCAAUGGCUUACCGAAGUCGAAGCCUAUUUCGAAAGCAAAGACAAUUCUUUCUACAGAAAAGGUAUUGAAAAGUUACCAUGUACCACCACUCUUGAGGGUGAUUAUGUUGAAGAAUACAUUCUAUUUUUUUAGAGAAAACGUGUUUUGCUGUUUAGGCCAUGGACUUAUUGAGUGAAUAGUUAUGUUCAUUGCUAACAACAUUAAUGUUCUAAAUGAUUAAAAAACAAUUAUAUUUUUUGAAUAUUUUUAAUUUUCAUGUUGCAGGUUGCUGUGAUAGAAGAAAAAAUAACAAGAAUAGAACAUAUAUUAAGCAUUUUAUAAUCCGUUGUGUUGUUCAAUAAAUACUCUCAAAAAUAGUACCGUUGUUUUUUUAUUCUUGAAUUAUUUUUUCAAUUCAUGUCAUUAUUGAAUUCAAUAGUCAUCCAUCUGCGGUGGUUUCUGGCAGAUAUUUGGGUGUGUAUUUCCAUCAUCAGCGUUGUUUACCUUACGGCGAAUCCUAUCUUUCACGAUUGAAUUAUCCAU